UGCAUCUUUGCUCUUGAAUUGGAUUAUCUCGUAGCAAACUUAAGUAACAUGAGUUCAUUUCAAGAGAAACGAGAAUUAUCAGAUGAAGAGGAAAACUGCUUGCGAGCAAUGCAAUUAGCAAACGCUACAGUCAUUCCUCUGGUCUUGAUAUCUGCAAUCGAUCUUGAUUUGUUAGAGAUCAUGGCAAAAGCUGGCCUAGAAGGUCGUAAGCUCUCGUCUUCUGAGAUUGCCUCUCACCUUCAAGCACAAAAUCCUGACGCCAUAUCAGUUAUAGACCGCAUGCUCUGCCUUCUGGCUAGCCACUCCAUCCUCACAUGCACUCUUGUCACUGAUAUGGAAGGACGUUCCCAUAGGGUAUAUGGUUUAGCACCAGUGGGCAAAUACUUCCUUCAAAAUGAAGACCAAAUUUCUUUUGCUCCUUUCCUACAGUUCAACAUGGAAAAAUAUAGCAUUGAUCAUUGGUGUUACUUAAAAGAGGCAGUAAUUGAUGGUGGUGUACCGUUUGAGAAGGCACAUGGGAUGCCAGUGUAUGAGUAUGCUGAGAAAGAUGAGAAAAUGAAUAAUGUCUUCAAUAAAAUAAUGAGCAACAUCAGUUCCCUAGUCAUGAAAAAGGUUUUAGAAACAUACAAGGGAUUUGAGGGUUUAGAGCAGCUGGUAGAUGUUGCUGGUGGGGUGGGUACAACUCUUAAGUCGAUAGUCUCCAAGUAUCCCCAGAUUAAGGGUAUUAACUUUGAUUUGCCACAUGUUAUUAGGAAUGGGUCCCCUUUUCCAGGUGUGGAAUACAUUGGAGGAGACAUGUUCACUAAAGUUCCUCAAGGUCAAGCCAUUAUCUUGAAGUGGAUACUUCACAAUUGGGAUGAUGAUCACUGCUUGAAGCUACUCAAAAAUUGUUAUGAUGCCUUACCGGAUUCAGGUAAGGUGGUGGUGGUGGAAUUUUUGGCACCAGAAUCACCUGUGAGUCAUCUUAUCGACAAAACUGUCUUUGAGUUGGACAUAAGAAUGCUUCAGUUGUUCUCUGGGGCAAAAGAGAGGACAAAGAAAGAGUAUGAGGCUUUGGCACGAGAAGCAGGUUUCUUAGCUUUGAAACAGAUAUGUCCUGCUUACAACUUUUGGGUGAUGGAAUUUUACAAAAAUAUGAAUUCUUCUACCUGAGUCAUGGAGAAAUUUAAGGACACCCCAUUUAUCUGCAGAAAGGCAAAAUUUCCCAGGCUCACCAUGUUCUAUUGUAGUGUUUCAAUAAAUGUGUACUUGGUUAUGCUGCUAGCUAGAUUGGUUAUCCUUUUCUUUGUUUCCAGUCCUGAGGAGUCAGACCCUCUUGUUGCAAUGCAAUUUGUUUUAAUAAAAUAGAAGGUUAAGUACAUUAAUUUCCAUGGAAUGGUAAUUCUACAUGAUACACUGAUGUCCAUUCAAACAGAUAAUGUGUAUUUUGAGCAUGUUUCCUCAAUUGGUAGGUGAACAGGGCUAAUUAUCAAAUGGAGGGUUCCUCUCCAAGCAGUAGUUCUCGGAAGAUAGCCUCACAUAAACCCUUUUCAUGAAUCAUCAAAUGACCACCAUCUAGGACUUCAUGGUACUUGAUCCAAGGCAGCUUCUUUGCAACAGGUGUGGAAUACAUUGGAGGAGACAUGUUCACUAAAGUUCCUCAAGGACAAACCAUUAUCUUGAAGGUUAGUGAUUUUGUUUCUAUGUUUUACUGAAAAUGAAAUAAUAAUAAUGAU